GGACGGGGUGUGUGUGUGGAAUGGUGGUGGGUUGGAGGUAACCCUUACGGGUAAAAACCUGCUGAUCGAUCUCAUUCUCUGUCACGCAUACUUUCUGCCUCACACACACACACACACACACAGAGGGACACACUCAGGAGGCGUUUUUCUCCCUCUCCAUCAGAAACAACUGACGGCCACGCGGGAGAGCUGCAUCUUCAGUUUAGGUAGUUAUAGCUGGAGCGUAUACAGCUACUAGCCUCUACUGCCUGCUUACAUCUGUCAGCUGGCCACCCAAUACGUUGUUCCUUUUGUGUCCGACUUCCAUUGUGCCAUCUAUUGUGGGGGCUAAAGGAAGCCGCUGCCAGUGGACAAGAUGAAAGAACACAGGGGCUGGGACCUCAAAGGCUUACUGAAGAGGAACUGGUUGCUGAUUGCGACCAUUGUGUCGGUGCUGUUAGGGAUAGGCCUUGGUGUGUUGGUUAGGGACUAUGCCUCCCUUUCCCACCUCGAUAAGCAGUAUUUUGGAUUCCCGGGAGAUAUCCUGAUGCGGAUGCUCAAGCUGGUUAUCCUGCCCCUCAUCAUCUCCAGCAUGAUAACAGGAGUGGCCGCCCUGGAUUCGGAUGUUUCCGGAAAGAUAGGUUUGAGGGCUGUGGUUUAUUACUUAACCACCACCAUCAUUGCAGUCAUUUUGGGUAUUGCAUUGGUGAUAGCCAUCAAACCUGGUGUCUCUCAGAAGGCAGAAAACAUCGACAGGACAGAGAUCACACAAAACGUCAACACUGUCGACACAUUACUGGAUCUUGUCAGAAACAUGUUUCCUGAAAACAUAGUGCAGGCUUGUUUCCAACAGUACAAGACAACGCGCAAAGAGUUGGAACCUGCUAAAGUGAAGGAGAACACUACAACCACAAUGUUCCCUCCUCUCUCUACCACUGUCAUGGCAACCAUUUUCCCGCCAGAGAACAUCACCAAGGACUAUAUAAUAGUUGGGUCAUAUUCUGAUGGGCUCAACGUGCUGGGCCUCAUCGUGUUCUGUGUGGCGUUUGGCCUCGUCAUCGGCAAGAUGGGUGAAAGGGGACGCAUCCUGCUGGAGUUCUUUGAUGCUUUAAAUGAGGCCACCAUGAGGCUAGUUCAGAUUAUCAUGUGCUAUAUGCCAGUGGGGAUACUCUUCCUCAUUGCUGCCAAGAUCAUCGAGGUAGAAGACUGGGAGAUCUUCAGGAAGUUGGGCAUGUACAUGGUGACAGUUUUGAGUGGCCUAGCUAUCCAUUCUAUUGUUUUUCUGCCGCUGAUCUACUUUGUCAUUGUGAGGAAGAACCCGUAUACCUUUGCCUUGGGGAUGGCUCAGGCACUGGUCACUGCUCUCAUGAUCUCUUCCAGCUCUGCCACCCUGCCUGUCACCUUCCGCUGUGCCGAAGAGAACCUCCGGAUCGACAAGAGGAUCACCCGCUUCGUGUUGCCCGUGGGCGCCACCAUCAACAUGGACGGUACAGCUCUCUACGAGGCUGUCGCUGCCAUCUUCAUUGCCCAGCUCAACGACUAUGAUCUUGACGUGGGUCAGAUUGUCACUAUCAGUGUAACAGCAACAGUAGCCAGCAUCGGAGCCGCCGGUGUACCUAACGCUGGUUUUGUUACCAUGGUGAUUGUGCUGACUGCCGUUGGACUACCGGCAAAUGAUGUCACUUUAAUUAUUGCUGUGGAUUGGCUGCUAGACCGCUUCCGCACCAUGAUCAACGUGCUAGGAGAUGCUUAUGGAGCCGGCAUCGUUCAGAAGCUGUCCAGGCGGGAGCUGGAGAGGAUGGACGGCACCUCGGACGUGACUAACCCCUUCGCCCCGGGGACCACGCUGGACAACGAGGAGUGUGAGAAGAAGUCCUACGUCAACGGCGGCUUCACCGUCGACAAAACCGACGCCAUCUCCUUCACCGAGACCUCCCAGUUUUAGGGGGGUGGGCAAAGAAGUGCCAAUGCUGCUAGAUGUUUAGCCUGGUUCUGUUUGUAGCCUGGUUCAAGAUCUGUGACCAACAUUAAUUAAUCCUGUUGAUGCAGGAUUACUGCUGGAGGAUUAUUUUCCUGCUGCAGCACACUGGCUCAAAUUAAGAUCCUACAUCUGUAGCAAUAUCAGCCACCACCAUCUGUUCUAUCUUGAUUCUCUUUCCAGCACUGUCCCCGAUGAUCAGUAUGUUUUUUAACCACAAGUGCAGAUCCUCAGCACCUUAAAAUGAGCUGGGCUGUAUCUGAAAUGACACCCUAUUGCUUAACUAGUGCACUACUUUAGACCAGGGCCUAUGUAGAGAAUGAGGUGUCCUUUGGGAUGAACCCAUGCUCUCUUUUACCAAAAGAGCUUCCAUUGUUAUGUUGACAUAUUGCCGACAAUGUACACAUUCCCUUUUGAAUGAAUCAAUACUUUUGCUAUUGUUUUUACAUAGAGGGAGCAAAGGAGACUACAAGAGCCAGAGCUUUUGAAAUUCAUACCUACAGCGCGUGUGGGUAACUGAUAUAAUAUAUCGCCGGACUGAGCUGUGUAUAUGUAUUGUGAAAAAGAGCAUGGAAGAAGAACUAUAUUCUUGAUGUUCAAUACACUGUAUAUUGCAAAGAAUCAAACAGAUUUUGUUUGCUCUUCAGAAGCAAAUUAUUUUUGUGUGACUUUCUUUUUGUCCAUUUUUGUUCUGGGGGGGUCAGAUACAAAAAAACAAUCAAAUAAAUCCAUACAAAGACAACCCCAACCCAUUCCCCCCCUUAGUCUCCACCCACCUGCCCGCAUUCUCUCUCUCCACUUAGAAACCAUUGCCUCCCAUCCCAUCUAGCCCUCCUCCCGAAGAAAGCAUGCCUCCCAUCCCAUCUAGCCCUCCUCCUGAAGAAACCAUGCCUCCCAUCCCAUCUAGCCCUCCUCCCGAAGAAAGCAUGCCUCCCAUCCCAUCUAGCCCUCCUCCUGAAGAAACCAUGCCUCCCAUCCCAUCUAGCCCUCCUCCCGAAGUAAGCAUGCCUCCCAUCCCAUCUAGCCCUCCUCCUGAAGAAACCAUGCCUCCCAUCCCAUCUAGCCCUCCUCCCAAAGAAAGCAUGCCUCCCAUCCCAUCUAGCCCUCCUCCUGAAGAAAGCAUGCCUCCCAUCUCAUCUAGCCCUCCUCCUGAAGAAAGCAUGCCUCCCAUCAGUCCCCCCCAUCCCCCAACAACAUCCAGAGACCCCCGUACCACCCCUUCCCGUGGGCCUGAAAGCGGAAAUAAAGUUAAUAAAAUAAAUAUAUAGAAUUAGUUUGUAUGUGUGGCGCUUUAGCUGAGAUUGUUCUUUACAUAGUCAAGUAUAUUUGUUGGUGAAAGUUCAUGUUCUUAAGCUUUACAAUAUGUGCCAAACAUCUUAUUCAUUAACUUUAUAUCAUUCAUCCAUGUCAUUUUAUUGCAUGAAGCAAUAUUACAAAUAAAUACAGUGGGAAACUUGUGAUGAACAUAGACCUGCUGAACGUCUUUUUCAAGUGACCAAUAGCCUUUAAGAAAGUAGAGUUGAUGGGCACACUAACGAGGUUUGAGUUAUGAAUUUAAUUGAAUACUGUGAAAUAUUUUCUUAAUGAAUUGCUAAAGAGGAUGGAUGACUUUUUAAUAAGGAUGGUCUUGACAAUAAAGGCUUUCUGAUAACGAAUGCUAACUUUAAACGCUUCAUGUUUGUUUGUCAGAGAAACAAAGAAUUGUGGGGCCUCUGAGGCAAUGUUUUAGAAGACCCAGCAGUAGAAUCCAGGAAUUCAAUUGAAUGCAGUUAGUACAUCUUCCAACAUCAACCAUGAAACCUUAGUUAGAUACAAAGCCUUCCAAACAGCUCAUUAUGUAAUAACUUUGUGUAGCCUUACUUUGGGCCAGCAGGUAUCCUAGUGGUUAGAGCGUUGGGCCAGUAACCGAAAGUUUGCUGAAUUGAGUCCCCGAGCUGACCAGGUAAAAAAGUGUAAUUCUGCCCCUAGACAAGGCAGUUAACCCACUGUCCCCCGGUAGGCCGUCAUUGUAAAUAAGAAUUUGUUUUUAACUGUUAACUGCCUUGUUAAAGGGUAAACUUGAGAGAGAUGAGCCUUAAUAUAACAUUUUUUUCAUCCCUUGAGGCAUGGGAUUAUUGAAACUGCCUCUUCAUUUUACAGCUCAUUGCAAUCUGACCUCUACGACUUGUUUUUGUUCUAUAACAGAGGCAUACGGGCCUAAUUUGAGGUAGUAGACAACAUUAUUAUAGAACAUCUCUCAACUUGGUGAGUUAUUGAGUAUAGGAAAGCAAGUCAAGGGCGAUGUAACUAACAUUUGAUUGAUCAGAUGUGGCUCAAAAUAAAGCUUGUGAAUCCGGUUCUUCUGUACAUUUCAAAAGCACAUAAUAAUGAGAUCAACAAUCAAUGGCUAAAGUGUGUACAGUUCACAAAUGACUUCAGUAUAUGAAUCAACAUGUACUAGAUGUAAGCUAAUAAAGAAAAAUAUAACUUG